AUGCCUCCUCUUGCACGGACAAAAGAAGAGGAGGACGACUUCAUGGCUGCCAUACUCAACGAAGGACCGAAACUAGAGCCUCCAGCGACACCGAAACACCGCUCUUGUCUUAAAACUGAAUCUCCAUGCACUCAUCGCGCUCUCGCGACAUCCACUCCAUCUGCGAAUGUCUUCGCCGCUCACGACGUCGACUUCGCAGAACUGGUGGAGGGCGCGGAAAACUGGGAUUGGGACGACAUGAACUCGGAUAUACUUUCGCCCAGGCGUACUCGGUCCCCAAAGAAGACGCCCUCGGCUGCUCGGAUUGCUGCUCCAGCGCCUGCGUACGUCCCUCCCACUCGUACUCGCUGCGUAGUCAAAGGCGUCGAAGAGCGUCUCUCAACUGGCUACCUGCAGAAGGUGUUAGCCGUGCAAGUAAUACCGGGAGAGGAGCGCCGUUGUGUAAUCCUACAAGACGACUGGGUUGACACAGAUAUCCGCCCAGGUGAUGUCAUCAAUGUACUCGGGGACUUUUCAGCCCCCGCGUCCACAUCCAAAGCCGCACCGGUGCCCACGAUCACGAUCAACGCUCACAAGAACCUAUUCAUUCACCACCCCGACCUCCUCAUCACCGCGACGGCUCUCUCCACAGCAUCGCAAUGCCGUCGCAAACCGUUGGUAACGAGUCUGGUGCGCAGCUCGGUAGACGUGACGCCUUCGCUCGUGUGGGGCAACAUCCUUCACGAAGUCAUGCAGGCGUGUCUGUGCGAGGGUCGGUGGGAUGGACCGUGGAUCGAGACCCAGAUUAACGAGGUCGUGCGGAAGUGCCUCGGAGACUUGAUGCGCGUCAACAUGGGCAUCGAGCAGGCUGUCAAUGAGGUCAGGCUCCGCGCGCAAGGCUUGCGGUCCUUCGCAGACAAGUACAUGGCGGAGGAGCCGAAGCCCGAGGCGAUACUGACGAACACACGGGCGGCCAACGGACAGACCUCUCUUUUGGCCAUUGGCAAGCUGCACGACAUCGAAGAGGAUAUCUGGUCCCCGACGUACGGACUGAAGGGAAAGGUCGAUGCAUCUGUACAGGCCAUCAUCGUCGACACAGAUGACGGCCCACGCGACAAUCCGUUCACAAAGGCUGGGCCGCCGCGCAAGAACGUACCACAGACCUGGACGAUGCCCUUUGAGAUCAAGACCGGCCGCGCAGUCGCAGGCAUGGAGCACCGCGCACAGACGAUGCUCUACACGCUGCUCAUGGCUGAACGCUACGGAACGGAGGUGCCCAGCGGGCUGCUGUACUAUACGCGCAGUGACGAGGUCGUGCGUGUGCCUGCGGUCAGAAAUGAGGUCCGCGCUCUGCUCGUAACGCGCAACGAGAUGGCAGCGUAUAUGAUGCGUAGGAUGCGGACUGGUGGUGGCGGAGGAGGAGGCGAGAAAGACAGUGUCCUCGAGGUCGAGGCGUUUUUGCCACCCACCAUCGACGAUGCGUGGCAAUGUGGGAAGUGCUUUGCCUUGGACACAUGUAUGCUCUAUCGCAAGACGGUUGAGAACGUCGUUGAUACCGCUUCUCCCAUUGCCGAUAUCUACGCUCUGAAGACCGGUCACAUCACCCCAGAGCAAGGCGCGUUCUUCAAGAAAUGGGAAGCCCUGGUCUCUUUGGAGGAACAGGAUCUCGUUCGCUUCAAGAAAGAGCUAUGGACAAUGGGUGCACAAGAACGCGAGCGGCACGGUCGGUGCUUCAGCAACAUGGUGCUGGAUCGGACGUAUCACUGGCGGCCGGAAGCACAGACCGACAGCAGAAUCCACGGCUAUACGUAUCGCUUCUUCAAGGAAUCCCUCACACAGACGUCAUCUUUCACACAGUCGUCACUGCUCAAUGGGCACAUGAGCUGCGGAGACGCUAUCACCGUCUCUGUUGAGCCCGACCUCCUGGCAUUCGCAAAGGGAUUCAUCGUCGAUCUCACUCCGCAGGAGGUCAUUGUCGGGGUGGAUCAUGAGAUCGACAUGGAGGCCGUCAGAGCUCGGAUCCGCGCCAACCUGUUCGAGAAUGUCAUCUUCCGCAUCGACAAGGACGAGCUAUUCAGCGGUCUCGGACGUAUACGGGACAAUCUCGCACAGCUCUACCACCCAGACGGUGACACGAAGCGACUGGAACUCAUCGUCGACCUGAAACGACCGGAGUUCGAUGAGAUUGAACAGCUAACGCUUGACAAAACGGCGCGUUCUGCUAUGAACAAGCUGAAUACCAGUCAACAGAUAGCUGCAGCGAAGGUGCUCACCGCGCAGGACUACGCGCUCAUUCUCGGAAUGCCGGGGACUGGGAAGACUACCGUCAUUGCAGCCAUCAUACAGAUGCUGGUCAGCCUGGGGAAGACUGUGCUGCUUGCCUCGUAUACGCAUUCCGCCGUCGAUACUAUCUUGCUCAAGUUGAAGCACGUCGCCGACUUCGGCAUCCUGCGCAUCGGGAACUUGGACAAGAUGCAUCCUGACGUUCACGAAUUCACCCUCGCCAAUCGCCGCGUGGCAACAACGAUGGAGCAACUCGAGCACCAGGUCAUGUCACCCCCAGUUGUCGCUACAACAUGUCUAUCUAUCGACCAAACUGGCCUCGAGGUGUCUCUAUUCAGGAUGCUUUCCGAUACACAUCCACAUGCGGUGGUUGACCUCAACGAGCAGUACCGCAUGAACGCCGACAUCAUGCUCCUCUCGAACAAACUCAUCUAUAGCGACAGGCUUCGUUGCGGUUCCGAAACUGUGGCCCAACAGUCUCUGAAGAUACCAGAUCCCACGUUCUCCGUGGCGGGAGGUAUCUGUUGGCUGGGUCAGUUGUUAGACGAAAGGUGCAAAGCCGUCUUCGUCGACACAGACGCUGUGCCCGCCUACGACUCCCCCGUAGGAGACCUAGUCGAGAAUCGUGUCGAAGCGCGUCUCGUCUACCAGGUCACCGAAUGUCUGAUCCGCAGCGGGAUCCGGCAAGACCAGAUCGGUGUCCUGUCCCUGUAUCGCCAACAGAUCAAGUUGCUCUCCCACCUUCUGCACCAUAGGCAAGAGGUCGAGAUCCUGACCGCGGACCGGAGUCAAGGAAGGGACAAGGAGUGCAUCAUCAUUCCAUGGCGAGUGGGAGACCUGAUGAAGGACUGGCGUCGCAUGAACGUCGCGUUUACGCGGGCCCGAGCUAAGCUCAUCAUCGUCGGCUCACGGACGACGUUGCAAGGCACGCCCCUGCUCAAGGAAUUCCUUCAACUCAUGGACGAGAAGGACUGGAUCCUCCCGCUGCCCCCGAAUGCCCAUGAGAUGCAUACACUCCCGGCCCUGACGGACUCGAACAUGAAGAAGCGUUCUGCUGACGACCUCGCGGAGCCACUGUCUCCUGACCGCAAGGAGAACACCCCAACGAGGCCGAAUAAAAAGGGCAGAAAGUCCGCCAUCGCGGAUGAGGCUAUCUUGAAGGGUCGGUCGUUGUUGAAGGAUCUGAUGAAUGAGUCGUCGUGA